UCUCUCUCUCUCUUUGACUCUUUCGAACUUAACGCCGAAGACUUUGACAAUUUAGGCGAAUUAGGCGCCGGUAAUGGAGGUGUCGUCACCAAAGUUAUUCACCGACCCAGUGGUCUGAUUAUGGCCCGAAAAUUGAUCCAUUUGGAGGUAAAGCCAGCCAUAAGAAGUCAAAUAAUACGUGAAUUAAAAGUUCUUCACGAAUGCAAUUCCCCGCAUAUCGUCGGCUUUUAUGGAGCCUUCUAUAGUGAAGGAGAGAUCAAUAUCUGUAUGGAAUAUAUGGACGGCGGAUCUCUAGAUUUGUUGCUGAAGAAAGCGAACCGAAUUCCAGAACAGAUCUUAGGAAAGGUUACCAUAGCUGUCAUCAAAGGCCUUAACUAUUUGCGCGAAAAGCAUCAGAUAAUGCAUAGAGAUGUAAAGCCUUCGAACAUAUUAGUCAACUCUCGCGGAGAGAUUAAGAUAUGUGACUUCGGGGUCAGUGGUCAGCUCAUCGACUCGAUGGCCAAUUCGUUUGUUGGCACCCGAUCUUAUAUGUCGCCCGAACGACUUCAGGGAAAUCACUAUACAGUUCAAUCAGACAUCUGGAGUUUAGGUCUUUCAUUGGUAGAGAUGUCAAUUGGAAGAUAUCCAGUUCCGCCACCCGAUUCCAAAGAGUUGUCCCAAAUAUUCGGCAGCAAAUAUGUGCCCGAAACUAACGAAAUAUGUCCACCGCCUCAAAGCUAUCACUCUUUGAGUCCAAUAGGAAAGUUCAGACCAAACAAUUUUAGCCCAAUUCUACACAAUUCCGGAGCCACGGGUGAUGGUCCGCGGCUAUCGAUAUUUGAAUUAUUAGACUACAUUGUCAAUGAGCCGCCACCAACUGUUCCCAAAUCUGUAUUCACAGCAGACUUCAAGGACUAUGUCGAUCGAUGUCUUACCAAAAAUCCGGCUGAAAGGGCUGACCUUCACAGUCUAAUUAAUCACCCGUUCAUAAAGCGAUCGGAAACCGAAAAGACAGAGUGCGAGACAUCAAAUCUAUUGUUGUCUUACUAUAAAAAGCGAAGUUUCGGUUGA